AUGACGCAUAAAAAUAAAACUAAAAAUAAAUCACAAAAUAAUUUACAUUCCAUUGAUUUUACAACAAGUAUUGAAUCGAAUAAUUUCCACAACAUAAUUGAUGAUUAUAUUGCUGAAGAAUGGGAAAGUGAUGUAAUAGACUACAAGCCAUCAACAUCGGGGAACUAUGAGCACGGUCCUCAUCAUCACUACCACCCUCUACGGCAGAUGAGUACCAGUCUAGAAAGGAAAAUAAGACAUGGACGAGAGCUUCCACCCCACUCACUGCCACGACUCAGCGUGGUCCUACCCUGCAGUAGAAGCUCAAGCGUGGACCACAUAACAGCUACACCUCAAACAAAACGAAUGUCACAUGGCGAUGAAUCAAUGACAGUAGUAAUAUCAGCGUUUUAUGCAAAAUUACUAAUAGUUUUAGGUCUAGCAUUACCCGUAACCAGCACAAUACAAAAUGAGUUAUAUACCAAUAUUAUUUCAGAUAUAUUUACAAUGUACCUCUACAUAGUUGGUAUGAUAUUUCUUGCUUAUACUUUUUAUCAUCUCCGAAUAGCAAAAACCAAUAAAGAUAAUAACAUAAAACCAACGCGAUAUGGCAGUUUUUACCUGCAUAUGGGUAUAGCAGGAUUUAGUGUGGGCUCAAUAAUUUAUUCAUGCCUACAAUUCGGCGAGUACUUCGAUCUUUCAGGAGAUUGUCAGAUGAUCAUAGUUGCUCUUAAGCCAGCGCUUAGAAUAUUGUUUAUGGUCGCUCAAACCAUAUUUAUCUUUUCAUACACAAAUUUGUUAGAUCCAAUGCGAGGAGUUGUAUUGGAUAGAUUCGGUUUGAUGCAUCUCAUAGCAACUAACAUAUGUGAAUGGCUCAACGUCGUUAUUCAAGAAACAAGAGAUGAUAUCGUCGCUGUAGCCUACGAUCGACCCGCGCUUCUACGAUACACAAAUAUAACUGGACCUGCAAAACUGAUAUUAAGUAAUGAAAUUGUAAAUCAUACCACAUUAAUGACCAAUGAGAACUUUACAGGCCGAAAUGAAAUUGUCCAUGCAAAUUUAACGGCUAGAAUUGAAGCGUGGAGUUGCAAUGUCUCAGAUAUGAUAACACCACUAAUUAGAACUAUGAAUCCUUAUUUGAGGCCGUGCGGGGUUGAAUAUAGCCUGCUUUGCUCCAUAAUUAUAGUCGUUAUAUGGAACGAUAUUUGCACCGUGCCUGGAUCGAAAUCUCUUAAAAUAUUCGAUGAGAAACAAUGCUGUGGGAGGAUGAAGUCUAACAAUCAUUUCUCUGUAGAUUGUGGUAGCGCACAUAAAGGACUCUUCAUGGGCAUAGCUGUGCUAGCCGGCACAAUCGUAAGCUUAAUGCUUUUUAACGGACUAUUUCAGAAAGGAAAACAUGUUGAACUUGCUUUGCUACAGAUAAACAUAUGGGAGACAGUGUUGUUUGUAUUAAUGAUCCUGGGAUCGGCAGCAUGCAUGAAUAGAGUACGAGCGUUAACAAUGCGUCAGGUGUCCACUACGAUGCCGCUAGAGCAUGCGCUACUUCUUGUCACUCAAUUUGGAGUGUACCUUUACUAUCUGUUCCAAAUAAUUGGCGCCAGUUUCUUAAUACAACGGUUUUCUGAACAACGGCGAGCGACAAGAAUAAUAGCACCGCUGUUUGCCAUUGUACAAAGUUCCUGUCAAACUCUACUAGUGCUGGACGCGUGGUCACGACGAUGCGCCGGGAGCAAGGAGCGUCCGGGACGACAGCUAGUUACGUUCCUCCUAGUCAGCAAUUUUGCACUAUGGCUACUGAAUCGCGUAAAGAAUGCUCGCGCUGAAUUUCAUCCUUUACAGAUGGAGUUUUAUGGCGUGUGGGCUUGGACUCUAAUUACACAUGUGUCUGUACCUCUUCUAGUGUGCUAUAGAUUUCAAGCGACCGUUUGUUUCUACGAAAUAUGGAAGAACUCCUACAAAAGAAAGAAAGAUUACAUUUCUAUUACAGAUGAGAUUGAGUUGAAUAAUUAUCAUAUUUCU